AUGGCCUCUAAAACUUUCUCCAUGAAACUACUCUUCUCACUAUUGAUUUCUUCAUUUGCCAUCAUGAUCCGCAUGGCAACAGCCGGAGAUCCAGACAUUCUCUUUGACUUUAUAGCCCCACCAAAUGUCACAGUUGAUGAAAAUUUCUUCACAUUUACUUGCAUGCGUUCCCUUAUUGGAGCAGGCCCUCCCACAACUUUUAAGGUUUCGAAAGCAAGCAUGACUGAAUUCCCGGCUCUCAAUGGGCAGAGUAUUUCUAUAGAUGUCCUCGAAUUUCCGGCCGGCUCUAUUAGCCCGCCCCACACCCGUGUUCGCGCUACUGGGCUCCUUUUCCUUAUCGCUGGUUCCCUUCAAGUGGGGUUCAUUGAUACGACCAACAAACUGUUUACUCAGACACUACAAACGGGUGAUAUGUUUAUUUUUCCAAAGGGACUCGUACACUUCCAAUACAAUGCUGGUAUGACACCAGCGAUAGCAGUUGCAGCUUUUGGAAGUGCAAAUGCUGGACUUGUUUCACUUCCCAACACUUUGUUCAACACUAGCAUUGACGACAAUGUGUUGGCUUUGUCCUUCAAGACCGACAUUGCCACCAUUCAACAUCCUAAAGCUGGUCUUGCCCCCAACCUUUAA